UCAAACCAGUCGAUAUUUACCAGUUGAUGUUACGUAGUUGUGUCAUUGUUGGAAAUCGUAUGUAGAUUAAGCAAAUUGGUCUAAUACCACCCGUUGUCUCAAACGAAACAAAUCUUAUACUGCCUAGAGAAGUGAUUCGAUGCAGUAUCAGUCGUGUUGUAGAUGGUUAAAAACUGACUUUUCUUACAGCGAUACAAAGAUGUUGCAGAAUAAGAGAAACCGAGAUGUAAGCGUGUACGAUAUACCCGAUUACAAAGUACUUAGAAAAUACCUCAAACUUUCUGGUCUGGAUCCUUAUCAGGAAGAUGCAAUCAGUACUAUUAUUACGUAUGUUGCGAUAUGCAGCCUGCUUGGUAUGGUUAUUCCUACAUUCUUAGGAUUCUACUCAUCGAUACUGGAAAAAGACAUGGAUCAAAUGUUCGAGUCGGUGCCAUAUUUGACUGCCUCCAGUGCCUCCAUCGUUAAAAUAUUGAAUGUUCAUCUGAAUAAAUCAAACUUUAGAAAAUUAUUAAAUUUGGUGGUAAAAGAAUGGGAACAAUUAAAAGAUAACGACGAACUGAAACCGCUGGAGAAGCUUACCAAACGAGCAAGUAACAUUGCAAACAUAUACAGAAGCUGUUUGGUCUCGUCUAUGAUAAUAUUUCUGUUGCUCACGAUACUUCCAUCUUUCCUGGACGUUGUUCUACCUCUAAACGAAACACGACCACGAGAACAACUGUUUAACGUCAACUAUUUGUUCUUCGACGGCGAAAAUUAUUACUAUUCCGUGUAUUUACAGUUAGCUUGGAGUAUGGUCAUUUGCGUUACCAUUAUAGCCACCGUUGAUUCAUUAUAUAUCAUCAUCAUACAUCACGCCAGUGGAAUGUUUGUAGUAUGCGGCAAACAGUUUCAAAAAGCAACGGAAAUGGCCGACAUGACCGACGGAAACGAGCAAUUCAAUCGGUUCAGGCGUUGCAUAAUCUCGCAUACCAACGCUCUCCAGUUUUACGAGAUACUAAAUGAAACUAGCACGACCAGCUAUUUGUUUCAAGUCGGAAUAAAUAUGAUUGGGAUAAGUGUGACAGCUGUUCAAGUGGUACUGUCCCUCGACAGACCGGACGAGGCGACCAAAGCUGGUGUACACCUUGUAUCGAAGCAGUUUCACUUAUUCGUCAUUAGUUUACCUGGUCAAGUGUUGCUGGAUCAUUGUGCGGAACUGGCAACAAAUAUAUACUGUUCUGAGUGGUACAAAGCACCGGUCAGAAUUAGAAAAAUGAUUCAGAUUAUGCAAAUGAGAUCCAGUAAAAUGUGCGCACUGUCAGCUGGAGGACUGUACGAAAUGAGUAUCGAAAAUUUUGGAAACACGAUGAAAACAUGCAUGUCGUACGUUACGAUGCUGUUAUCGAUGCUUAGAAAAUACUUGUUAUUUCUUGGUCAGGAUCCAUACCAACCAGAUGGGAUUCGUACCGUUCUCACGAUUGUGAUGGUAACCCUUCUACUUGGUGUUACUAUUCCAACGUCGUUCCAAUUAUAUAUAUCGUUGCUUGAGAAAGAUAUUAAUGCUGUUCUUGAGUGUAUGCCGCACUUAACAGCGAGUAUCAGUACCAUGAUUAAAAUUCUGAAUGGUCAUCUGAAUAAGGAAAACUUUCGAAAAUUAUAUCAAUUAAUGAUAGAAGAAUGGGAACUAUUAAAAUUGAACGAUGAGUUACAGGUGUUGGAUAAAAUUACUGAAAGGGGAAGUAAACUUGCCCAUUUAUAUAGAAGUACACUGUUAGGAUGUCUAGCGAUAUUCUUAACAGUUCCAUUGCUUCCUCCUCUUCUGGAUGUUAUUGUACCUUUGAACGAAACUCGACCACGGCAGCAAUUAAUGAAAGUGAAUUAUUUGGUCUUCGACGAAAGAGAAUAUUUUUAUAUGGUUUAUUUUCAAUUGGCCACUGCGGCGUUCAUUGCCGUCACCGGUAUAAUUACUAUGGAUUCUUUGUACAUGACUAUAAUUCAUUACAACAGUGGACUGUUCGCUGUAUGCGGAUAUCAGAUCCAAAAAGCGACGGAAAGGGACUACAACUUAAUUACUCACAGGCGUACCACGAAUGACUACAAAUACGCGGAUUUCAGACGUUGUGUGAUCACCCAUCACAAGGCUCUCCAGUUUGUUUUACGAGAUCUUCAAGGAGAGCAGUACAAACUGUUAUUUACUUCAGAUUGGCUUGAAUAUGACAGGUAUAAGUGUAACUGCUGUCCAGGCAGUUUUAAAUAUGGAUACCGAUUCGACAGACGAAGCUAUCAGAAAUGUAAUAUUUUUUGGCGCGGAACAAUUUCAUUUGUUCGUUAGCAGUUUACCUGGACAAGUGCUGAUUGAUUAUUGCUCGGAUUUUGCAGCUAAUAUAUACAGUUCCAAUUGGUAUAAAACACCGAUCGAAAUUCGGAAAAUGAUUUAUCUGAUCCAAAUAAGAGCCAAUAAAUUGUGUGUAUUAACCGCUGGUGGAUUAUAUGACAUGAACAUGGAAAAUUUUG